GAGUAUCCAUCGCUUCAGCCCGAGCUGGUGAACCUCAAACACGGGGAUUCGUAGCUACGUACUUACGUGUCACGCAUAGCCUAUUGCUCUCUCCUCGCGCAUCCUGAUUGUAACGUCCAGGACGGCGUCGCAUGUCGACGAACCGUUACGGGUUGUAGUCGCUAUUGUUACCGAGACACACGGGCAAGAAGAAGCGGAGUCUUUGGUGUGCCUGAGACUGGUCUGAGUAGGAGAGAACCAGGCUAAGGAGCGCGGGAAUGGCACUGAAAUGCACCGAGGAGAAAGAGCGAACGAUGCGCCCUUUCUCUCCCGUAUAAAUCCUACGGAGAACGGAUCCCGACACGCAUUAUGUAAUGCACAUGCAAGCGGCGAAGAGAAUAAAGAAACCGAGAGUGUAGAGGGCCAGGUUAUCACUCGAGAUGCUCCUUGUAUGUGCCUACUAGCUGAUGGAACAUCAUUUGGUAUAAUGGCCCGUGUAAGGGGUUGUGGUGCUGAGUGAGAAGUAGACCUUGACCACCAUGGGCAGUGUUGGCAGUGGGGUGGCUGGCGAGCAAGAAUUCGCCAUGAAAAGCGUCGGCACACGUACCACCCUCCCUCGUGGGCCACCCCUAUCACGGAGAGGCCCAUCAGAUCGCAUCUUCAGCACUGAGCGACUCAACCCUCCACCUACCAUGUCUGAAUGCACAGGCUCCAGCGAUGAAAGGGGAGGUAGCAGCACAACCACAGACCGGCCCCAGCUUGCUGGCUGUGAAUCCACCACUGCCUCCUCCAAUCUGGAGAGGGUACCAUCUAUCUGCGAACGCUUUGAAAGCAACGUUGCCGGCCGCAGGGUGGCACCUCGGCUGCUAGGGGACAUGAGCAUAGAUGCUCGCAGGAAUGUGGUUAUACACACUGGAGAGAAGAGUGGUGAAAGUAUGGUUGCUGUGAAAAUCAGAGAGGGAAAUGCUGCAAAGGCAAAUGGCCGAACACCACCCAAGAUUCUCCCCAUGUCGGGAAAAUCAGAACAGGCACACUCUCAGAACAAUUCCGGAUUGGUUCGGCCCUCUGCCUUCAAACCUGUAGUGCCAAAGAGCUUUCACUCCAUGCAGAACCUAGUGGCACAUGCUGGAGGUGGGGGUGGGGCUGGAGGUCAGUGUGCCAGUGGCACAGGAGGAUCUGAUGAGCCCCAGCCACUUAGUGAACGUGAAAGUCCAGAGAGAGAGCAGGGCAGAGAGGAUGGAGGCCAGGGUGUCAUGACUGACUCAGGAAGGAACUCCUUCACCAGCCUGCCAACAUACACAGGCCCUGGUUCCAGCUAUGCUCCAGCUCCGGCUCUUGGACCCUUCAGUGCCUCCACUAGUCAUAUCAACAGAUUGGGCACGGACAAACUAGACAAGCCCAACUACCAGAACGGCUUAAGUGCUUCGGACAGUGGCCGUUCAUCCUCGGGAAAGAGCUCUUCCUCCUAUCAUAGACUGUGUCACCUGGCUGAUAUGCCAGCUGCAAUUCACCCCUCACCCUCUUCGGAUGAUAUAAUACAGGACUUAGAGGAUCGGUUGUGGGAAAAAGAACAAGAGGUUCUUCACAUGCGCCGCAACAUGGACCAGAGUGAAGCAGCCAUCAUGCAAGUGUUUGACGAGAAACAGCGGGUGUGGGAGCGAGAGAUGGAGGAGCUGAGGCAGAACUAUGCUGGAAGGUUGCAGCAGGUGACCCGACGGGCACAACGGUCCCAACAGGCACUGCAGGCCCAGAUCAGCCGACUACAGCAGGACAAGAACCGGCUUCAGGAGGAGAUUAGUGCCCUGUUGGCUCAGCGUGAAGAGCUGGAGAGAAAGUGCCUGGACUACCGCAAGGAGCAGGCUGAAAUCUUGCCCCGCCUGGAGGAAACCAAGUGGGAGGUUUGUCAAAAAGUGGGAGAGAUAUCUCUGUUGAAGCAACAGUUACGGGACAGUCAGCAUGAAGUGACCCAGAGAGCAGGCGAGAUGGUAGCACUAAGGGGUCAACUUAAAGAGCUCAAUGCCCAGUUAAAGGAGAGAGAAGAGGCCAUGCUCGGCUUGAAGGAUUCCUAUAGCAACAAGAGCCGUGAGCUGGAAAGAUGUGAUGGAGAACUGAAGAAGACGCUGACAGAGGUAUCCAUUUUAAGGGACAAACUAGUGGUCUUUGAGGCGGAGGUCUUGGGGCUGAAACGAGCUCUGGGUGAACUGAGCUACACUGGUGAACGUGCAACAGGACUCACCAGCAGCCUGCCUUGGGGUGGUCUGCACUCACCACGCACCCCUGAAGUUUUGACACCUCUUUCACCACUCAGCCCAAUGGUAGACGCCCUGUUGAGCCUGCAGAGUGAUGAGGCAAAGGCACAGCGGCAAGAAGCUGGAGAGCUGCGGCAGCAGCUAGAGCGACUGCAGGGUGAGCUGCGGUUGGAACGGCAGCAGCGUGAGCUCCAAGCACUUGCUUUUGCCCAAGAGCGUCAUACCUGGCGGGACGAGAAAGAGCGUGUACUCAAAUACCAGGCACAGUUGCAGCUCAGCUAUGUAGAGACGCUGCAAAGAAAUCAAGCUUUAGAGGAGCGUGUUGGCCAGCUUGGAGCCAAGCUGUGCGGAACAUCCAGUUCACCUCCGCCAGUAAGUGUACCCAACCCUGUACCGGUUACCGUUACACUUACCCCAGCCCCAGAUGAUUCCAAAACCCCUUCCCCUAACCAGCUGGCUCCGCCAUGGGCCGGAACCUCUCGCCUGGAGAGGAUUGAGUCCACUGAGAUUUAGAUCUGCCACCGUAUGAUGACAUGUAUUAUGUUACAUGUAUUAUUUAAAAUGGUUUGUUUAAACAGCUGUCAAAAAGCCCAAGAAAUUCAGUAAGGGGCUUGACAUUGUACUUUAAAGGAACAUAAAAGAUGCAGUUAUAAAUCAAUUUGCUGGAAUGAUGAAAGACUCAAUGAGACAAAGAGACAAAAGCUUAUGUUCUCUCUCUCUCACACACAUGCACACACACAUACAUACUAAACACUUGCACUGACAGCUAACUAUAUAACUGAAGGUAUUGAGGGGAUCAGUGAAUUAGAAAGGAUGAAUUUCGAAUGAGGAUUCGAAAAAUAUUGGAAGUCAAGUUACAGAAUUUAGUGUUAAGGGUAAACUGAAAGGCAUAGACAGACUUCAACAAUGUUUCAGGGAUACUGGGGAACCUGGUUCUCCAUCACUGCACAAAGACUGCAGUGACUAAAAAUUAUUACAAAGGAUCAUCAAAGAGUGUUGGGAGAGUUCCCAUUCAUAAAAUAAUUACUUGAAGAAGAAAAAAAAAGGUUUUCCUUUUUUUUUUUUUAGUUUUGUUUGCUUUGAGAAAUGAGUCACAAAAGUCCUAAAAAGAAAAUUUUAAAUUUGUUUUAGUAUUCUAUGUGACUUUAUUUGUACAAUGGGAUUAUGAGAGCAUAUAAGGUCAGUUGAACAGUAAGCAGAUAGAGAAAACAGCACAGAAUUAUAAUCGAUGGUAUGUAAAGCAGCAUCCCACCAAUGGUCAAAAACACAUAUUAUUGCACUAAGUAGUCAACAUGCACCACCUCUGCUAUGCUAUUCAUUAAAACAGUGUGAUCUGAACCUAUACAAAAGCUGCAGGUGAAGAACAUUGUCUUUUCUAAACAAACAAACAAAAAAAGAUCAGAGUUGCUGCUAUGCUUUAUUGUGUAUUCUUGGAAGACUACAAAUUUGGUUGUUAAUUGUUGUAAUCUAUUUAUGUAAACAUGUUCAUACAUCAAGGCACUCUGUGAAUAUUUUGAAAAGAUAAUAGUUAUUAUAUAUUCUACUUGUGAACAAAUGAAGCAAUUCAACAUUGCUUCACUUUCUAAAAACAUGAGGCACUUCAGCCUACCAUUUCUUCUAGGACACAAGGCAACUGUAUCCAAACCCAAGUUCCUUUUAAUGUUGUUGGUGUUGUUGUACUUAAUGUAAUUAUGGUAUUGUUUAGAGCAAAAUGAUAUGUUUUUUAUACCCAUUUUUAUUGUUUGUAUUUAUGUUAGUGUGUAAUGGCUUGAUGAAAAGCAUAUCCAAACAAAAAACAAAAAUAAAGACACAAAGUGACA